UUAAGAAACUUCACAACAUAAUAUAAACUCGUAUUUGACCUGUAAAAAUGUCUAAAAGAAAAUCUGGCUUGUUCGGUGGCAGAAACUCUAAGUUACCCAUUUCAAUGACGUCAUACUCAGGAAAAGACAAUCCCGGCUUCACCCAUAACGAAGAUGGCGUCUCGAACAAUUCCACUUCCGUUGAACCUAUAUCCAUCAUAUCCAUCCACCCUACUCUAACAAAUGGGGCGAAAGUUGAUUCAGGGGCGUACAGUGGCGCCACAAAUGGGGUUCUGCCUUCAGGGGACGACACUGGGCCCGUAUCGAACGGUUCUACGCAUCCAAUUCAGAAACAGACAUCAGCGGUGGAGAUGAAGAGAUCUAUAAACCUGCUCCACUGUACCGCCAUCAUGGUGGCCGUCACAGGCCACUCUUCUGUUUUUAUCUCCCCUUCCUCCAUCCUGGCCCAAACUGGAUCCGUCGGCUCAUCCUUAAUCGUCUGGCUCAUCGGUGGGCUCAUUAAUUUAGGACUGGCCCUGUGCUUCGCGGAACUGGGGACCAUGUUCCCGAAAGCCGGGGGCCCUUACUCGUACGCCAUGAAAAGUUUUGGGCCCCUGAUGGGCUUUCUGAUGAUGUGGGGCUACACCGUGUUGAUAGCAGGACCGUUCUGGGCUUUCCUGGCCUACACGGCGGCUCUGUACAUCGUUAAACCUGCUUUCCCAGACUGUACUGGCGAUGACGUCAAAAAGGCGGUUAACAUUCUAGCUGGAUGGAUCAUGA